AUGCAGGAUGUCGCCAAUCUGUUCAGGAGCUGUCUGCCAUCCUUGGAAACUUCAAAGGUUCGGGUGAAGGUUGCACUUAAGUCGUUCGUCGAUGCGAAUGACAAUCCUAGUACAAGCUCAAAUUACACGAGCAGCGAAGAAGAUCCUGUAGAGGUCUAUUUGGAUAUGCUGCAGCAUGGCGUUGUCCGAAGAGACGCAACGUGGAUGCUUCUCCUCUUUCGAGCCUUGAAAAUUCUUUCACGUAAAAAGGAAAAUCGGAUAAGGUUUGGCCCAGCUGGCCUUCGAGGUGUUGUAAGCGCCCUGGUUAACCCACACAACAAUCGGGUCGCUGCCGAAGGCUCAAACGUCCUGCUGAAUGUGUGCUACGAAAUUGACAAUGUCGAGGCCCUACUGGAGACCCCUGGGGUGCAGCAGUUGUUGCUUUUCCUUAUGGAGGACGAUGAGGAGCUGCAGGCUAACGCGGCGGGCGCCAUCCAGAGCAUUUGCUUCCAGGAGGAUGGCCGCAGACAUGUGCAUCAGAAGGGCGGCAUCGCGGUGUUGGCAGGGCUCCUCACGUCACCAAACGCUAAGGUCGUGACACGUGCGGUGGGCGCCAUGCACAACCUAUCUUCCUACGCAGAAGCCAUUCGUGACAUACGCGCUAGUGGCAGCAUACCAACGCUCGUGGCAUUGCUUCACAACGGCAUGCUACCAAUUUCCGGUUCGGCCGCCGGGGCGUUGCAAAACGUGUCGCGGGAAGUUGCAAGCCGGCUCAUCAUCAGGGAGUUGGAUGCCGUGCCGCCCCUGGCUCGUCUGCUCUCUGCUCCCGACGUUCAGGCGCAGGUCUGUGCCUCGGGCGCCCUCCUCAAUAUCGUUGGGCCGGACCUGGACCAGCGCGAGCGCGAGCAGCGGCAGUUGCUGUUCAGUAGCAGCCGGCGCCGGCCGGGGCAGCGGCGAGCACUGGGCCGGUUGAUGGCAUUAUGUAUGGCCGCCGGGGCGAUAUACGAUUGCUUGUUCGAGGAACCGCCGCCUCUAGCGCCGCAGGCGGAGGCGGGCUCAUAG